GGGAAGUGGGUAGUGGCCCUUUAAGAGAGUGUAGCUGGCUCCCAGUUGCCAUGGAGACAGCUGGAGACAGACCGGGUGGCAGGCAGCAGGCAGCAUGUCCUCCAAAGUUCAAUCCAAAGGCCCCAAGGCCAAGGAGCAGCCGGCCCCAGGCCCCGAGAGCCGGCCUCCCCCGGAGGCCAACGAUGGAGCCAUGCACUUCCUCAGCUCCCUCAGGCAGGAGGAGCUGCAGAUGCUGUUCUUCUCCGAGACGCUGGCCAUGGUCUCGAACACCGGGGAGCCUCAGGGGGAGCUGACCAUCGAGGUGCAGCGUGGGAAACACGAGGACAACAUGGGCACCAUGUCCCAGUGCGCCCUCGUGCACGCCUUCACCCGCGGCUUCGUGGACAAAAUACUCUGCGGAAACUCUCUCCUGGGCUACCUCACGUGGAACCUGGAGCUCAUGGAACAACACAGUCAGGAGUUCAUCAAGCUUCCCCUCCUCCCCAUGGAGCGGAAGACGAGCUUGCUGAAGCAGGGAGACCAGCUGGCCAUGACCAGGAGCAUCAAGGAGGGCGAGGAAGUGAGGAACGAAGUGGCCUUCUUCCCCUGGAGCUCCACCGCGGGCUUCAUCUCCCAGGCCGCCAACCUGCUGCUGCUGCGGGUGAUGGCCUGGAGGCGGACGGUGCCCCAGAAUGCCCGCUUCCUGGCCUUGGACAUGGAGGGCAAGCUCUGCCACUCCACUUACCAAGCCCUGGGCGCCCAGACCAUCCAGGUGGACCGGCAGCAGGCGGAGGCGUUCAUCGUGGAGCAGACCGUGCACUCGGACGGCAUCCCCUUCUCCUGCCAGUUCUACCUGCUCUCCGACGGGCACCUGGCCAAGCGGGUCCAGGUGGGCUCCCCCGGCUGCUGCGUCAUCACCAAGAUGCCCGUCCUGCGGGAGGAGGAUGUGAUCGAGCCCCGCCCGGUGUUUGAGAAGAAGCCGCUGGCGUGGGAGGAGGACAUCGAGCUGAACUCGAAGUUCCUGGAGCGGAAGGAGGAGCUGCGCCUCAGCCACACGCGGUACCUGCAGCAGCACCCGGACGGCCAGGCCAUCGUGGCGGACUUCCUGCUCUUCCUGCUGCUGCGCCGGCCGGACGACGUGGUCACCUUCGCGGCCGAGUUCUUCGGGCCGUUCUCCGCGCGCCGGCCGCCCGCGCCCGCGCUGCGCUCGUCCACCCCGCACAGCGCCUUCCGCCCCGGCCCCGCCGCGCCGCGCCCCGCGCCCCGCGCCCAGCGCCUCGGCCGCCGCCGCGACCCCGCCGCGCUGCUGGCGCUGCUGCGCUUCUGAGCCAGUAACCCAGGAAAUAACCCGAAUAAACACAACCCGAAUAAAUGAUAACCCGAAUAAACGACCCCGCCGCCCUGCUGCGCUUCUGACCCAAUAAUAA